AUGUGCCUAUGUUCGUUCAAUUUGCAGCCAUUCCUGCCGCAUCAGGCGCCUACGUGUGAUCAUCGUCUGAAACUGUCCAAGCCUGUGUCCGUCAAGACCUCACGGCCUCUACGCAAGACGCGCCGUCGCCAGACCAAGCGCGCGUGGUGCGACAGGCUUAUCUACUCCAACUUGGUGUAUGCGCUAGCGGCAAUUAUGUCAUUCAGUUGUGAUCAAAAACUUUGUGGUGUACUGCAAAUGGGCGCAGCCAUCGCGUCCACCAUGUUUCAUCGCUCUAAGGAGACCAAGUAUUUGCUGUUGGAUGCGCUCAUCAGUGGCACACUAGGCCUUGUCUUUAUAUUUUCUUGGCAUCGUAGCCUUUCCAAUGAGUGGUACGGCAUUCUAACAGUAAAGGUGUUGCUGGCCUCGCUUUGCGUUUUCACGUGGCUUUAUUGUGGCAUGCCUGGCGGCGAGCGUUACGACAAGUGGCACAAUCGAUGGCAUUAUGUUUCGGGUGCGACAACAAUUUCAACAACGCUGUUUUUGACCUUGUAUUUCCCAGAGUUUGACGCGCUCCUGCAUGAGCUCAUUUGGAAUCUGAAGAUUGUCAGAAGUAUGCGUAUGUAA